CUGCCGACUUUCAUGACGAGCAGUCAUGUCGCAAAAGGUGGCUGUAGUCACUGGCUCCAACAAGGGCAUAGGGCUAGCCAUCGUCAAGGCCCUCUGCAAGCGCUUUGAUGGAACAGUCUAUCUCACAUCCAGGGACGAAGGCAGAGGCAAGGCAGCCGUAGCAGAACUCAACAAACUCGGACUCAAACCAGCUUACCACCAACUAGACGUCAUAGACAGAAGAAGCAUAGAAAGAUUCAGAGACCACAUCAAGAAGAAUCAUGGCGGUAUAGAUGUUUUAAUCAACAACGCUGCCGUCGCUAACAGUGUUGCACUUUUUAAUAACUAUGAGGAAUCUAAAUACAUUAUUGACAUCAAUUAUAAGAGCUUGCUGACCAUUCAAGAAUUACUCUUCCCGCUUAUAAGGAAUAAUGGAAGAAUUGUCAAUAUUUCCAGCGACUGUGGACAUUUGUCUAACAUUAGAGACAAAUAUUGGAUUGAUAGACUAUCGAAGAAAGAUCUGAAAGUUGAGGAUAUCAAUGAAUUCGUCGAUUGGUUCUUAGAAUCUGUUAAGAAUGAUAACUUUAACAAAGAUGACAUUGCUGAUGGUGGAACUGUGGCUGCAUACAGAGUUGCGAAAGUUGGUGUUAGUGCGUUAACAAUUCUACAGCAGAAAGAACUUGAAAGCCGCAAUAUCUCUGUAAACUCUAUGCAUCCUGGAUUGGUGAGAACAGACAUGACAGUUGGCGUAGGAUUCUACAAUACUGAUGAGGCGGCAGAGACGCCAGUGUAUUUGGCCCUGGAUGCCCCAAAUACUCUGAAAGGGGCUUACGUGUGGUACGACAGGAGAGUUCUCGAUUGGUACGACUAUAAGGCGGAUUGGUUCUUUAAGUCCAGCACUUUGAAGGUUUAGGGCCGGUUGCAUCUAACCGUCUGUGACCGUUAAAACGUUCGUUAAAUUUUAUUUUAUGGGAAGAUUGGGAAGUUCCAUAGACGUCUGCUGCGUGACGAUGAUGUGUCUGUCAAAUGUGGUUGAUGCAACUGGCCCUUAAUAGGAACGAGCGAUAGGCAGUAGUGAUUUUUUAGAUAUGCAAACAGAAUAACUAUCUGUACACGGUUAGUUUCCAUAUUCUAUUGUAACUAUCAGUUUAUAAUAUGUAUAAAAAUAUAUUGUCUACUCUCGUA